AUGUCGUCGCAAAAAGAUGACCCUGCCUCGAGGCUGAAGGCGCUCGAGCGCAUGGGAGUCGUCAAGGACUACAGCAGGGUGUACCGGUCCACUGUGCUCGUCGUUGGAGUCGGCGGAGUGGGCGCCGUGGUUGCAGAAAUGCUGACGCGGUGUGGAGUCGGCAAGCUCAUCCUGUUCGACUACGACGACGUUGAGCUGGCGAAUAUGAACAGGCUCUUCUACACCCCCAAGCAGGUUGGAAUGUCCAAAGUGGAGGCUGCCAAGCAGACACUCAAUGCGAUUAACCCGCAAGUUCAAGUGGACGCCGUCCAUGCGAACAUCUGCAAGGACUACUCCACCUUCUACGAACGUAUAUGCAGCGGCGCCCUUGGCGGUGGACAGGUAGACCUCGUGCUGUCCUGCGUCGACAACUACGCUGCGAGGGUCACAAUCAACAAGGCAUGCUGCCAGGCGAACCAGAUUUGGAUGAAUUCGGGAGUGGCAGAAAAUGCAACCAGCGGGCAGAUACAGACGUGCAUACCGGGGAUGACUGGAUGCUUCCUGUGCGCGCCCCCGUACAUUGUGGCUGUUAAAGGCGACGAAAGCACCAUCAAAAGGCCAGAUGUGUGCACGGCCAGCCUGCCCACCACCAUGGGUGUGGUAGCCGGGCUGCUGGCGCACAACGCCCUCAAACACAUCCUCCAGUUCGGCAACGUCACUAAACUGCUCACUUACAACUCCCUGCAGGACUACUUCCCGUCGUACUCGAUCGGUUGCAACCCUGAAUGCAACGAGAACUACUGCCUGCAGAGGCAGGAGGAGAAGCGGGCAGAGCGUGAAAAGGCACUGGAGGAGGAAAGAGCAGCAGCGGAAGCAACCUCGAGCGCGUACGAACCAGUAGAACACGAGAGUAACGAGUACGAAAUCGCUGUAGUCUCGGAGGACGAGCUCCAGGAUGUCAAGGCAACUGGAACGGCUGCCGCAGAGGCCAAACCGAGCCAGGCUCCUGCGGAAAAGCUGUCACUCAAGGAACUCAGAGAACGCCUUAGAAACGUAUCCACGAGCGGCUGA